AUGACCCGCGCACUCAAUGCCAAGAAUAAACUCAGCUUUGUCGAUGACUCUCUUCCCACCCCUGAUUCUAGUUCUCCUGAAUACAAACAAUGGAACCAAACCAAGGACAUGGUCCUUACCUGGAUUUUGAACUCCAUCAGUCCAUCUCUAGCCAACUCCCUUGAAUAUCACACAAACCCACGCGAAGUUUGGGUUGACCUCCAAUCUCGUUUCAACCACGGCAACAAUGCCCAUCUCUAUCACCUCAAGCGUGCGCUCUCUUCUCUACAACAAAACACCAAUUCCAUCCAUGAGUAUUACAACCACAUCAAACAAAUUUGGGAUAAAUUAAGUCAUCUUCAAAACAUAAAUGAUCUCAAAGACAUGCAAAACCAAGCCGAUGAUGAGCGUGUCUUCCAGUUUCUCCUUGGCCUCAAUGAUUCCUUUGCCCAACUCAGAACCCAAAUCCUAGCUAUGGACCCACUUCCUCCCAUUACCAAGGUUUUUUCUAUUUUAUUUCACGAAGAACAACAGCGCCUCCUUCAGCUCCACCCACUACCUUCGGAUUCUAUGGUGUUUGCAGCCGCCACCUCCAGCAACCCACGGAGCCACCUUCGUUGCACCGAAUGCGGCAAAAUGGGUUACACCUGUGACCGCUGCUGGAGGAUUAUUGGCUACCCACCUGGACGUGACCAACGCUCCAAGCCGCGCCCCUCCAUUCUUGGCAAACCACCACCUGGCCCAGCUCCGGUAGUCAAUCAAGCCUCUUCCUCCUCCGAUUUGUUGCCUCUCCUUGGAUUGAUGCCGGAACUCUACCAAAAAUUGAUGGAUCUGCUGAACCCCACACCCAUCUCCACCAACUUUGUCAGUAAUGCUAUUUCCUCUUCCCCCUCCUUUGAUAGUCACCGUGAUUGGGUCGUGGACAGUGGUGCUAAGGCCCACAUGUGCCACGAACGGCAUGCCUUUGUUGACCUGCAAUCCCCCUUCUCUCUUGGUUAA